CGUUGAAUCCGGUUCUCCUCAGCAUUCGGUAACAUGCCUGUGCAUUGCUGCGUGCCGCUUUGCAACCAGCGAGGAGUUUUGGACGAUAACGGCUCGAAGGCAAGUAUGCGUGUGUAUUUCGUAUCCUAUUUGUUGCGUCUCUUGCGCGCGCCUUAUGUCGCUUUUAUCGUCUUGCAGGUGUCGUUCUUCUGUUUUCCGAAGGAUCCGCAUCUGAAGAAGAAAUGGAUUGUAGCCAUUAAGCGCGAUGAAGGAAAGCUUUUUGUCGUGACGAAGCACACAAAGGUGUGCUCGAAUCUCUUCACCGCCGACAGCUACUUGCCGAAUGUAGUCGGCGAUAGGCGUUACCUCCGGGUUGACGCCGUGCCGAGCGUGUUUGCCUUUGGCAAACCCAAGCCACCAGCAAGAAAAAAGCCGAAAGACCGACAGCAGUGUGUCGCGAAAAGAAAGCUGCUUUCCGCCGUCGGCCAGGCUAGCAGCUCCGGGUUCACGUCACAACCACUGCUUUCUCCCAGUAGUGAUGUCGCCGCGUCGCGGGAUUCUUCAACAGCUGUUGAAACUAUGGACGCCACAGAGUGCGAAGCAAGUGCUUCAACGCCGGCCUGUGUGACCCACGUCCGAGACCACGAAGUGUGUGAUUGUGCAUGUGCAGUUAGAGUGUCGGAGCUCGAGAAGCAGCUUUCUGUGCUUCAAAUGCGCAUACACCAACUGGAAAGCGACCUAGAGGGUAGUACCGAAGAGGUGAAGUCUGCGAAAGCAAAUGCAGUGAGAGUGCCUGAGCUCGAGACGCAGCUCUCUCUACUUCAAGUGUGUAUACAACAACUGGAGAGCGACUUGGAAAUUAGAACCAAAGAGGUUGGUCAGAUGGACCUUUGGCUGAGCAGAGACAAGGUUGACAAGGCUAUGCCAGCCAUUUUUAAAGAGCGAUACCCAUCAACAAGAGCCAUUAUUGACGCGACAGAAGUGAGAUGCGAAGUUCCAAGCUCUCUGGUCCUUCAGUCGGCGACCUACUCAACCUACAAGUCAACUAAUACAAUGAAGGGUUUGGUUGUCAUUUCACCUGAUGGAACGAUCACGUUUUUGUCAAAAUUAUUUACAGGGUCGGUGUCAGACAAAGAGCUCGUUGAAAAAAGUGGGUUUUUAAAACUCAAAUUUGAGCCUGGCGACUCGGUAAUGGCCGACAAAGGCUUUAAGAUACAGGACCUGCUCAGUGCAAAAGGAGUUGCGUUGAACAUUCCCCCUUUCCUUCGGAGACAGCACCUGACCGAAGAAGAAGUUAGGCAAACAGAGGAAAUUGCAAGUCUCAGAAUACAUGUCGAGCGACGCAUUCAACGUAUUAAGGCAUUUCAUAUUUUCGACAGGCCCAUCCCACUGUCAAUUGCACCGAUCAUUAAUGAAAUUUGGGCAUUGUGUGCAUUCUUAAGCAAUCUUCAAAGUCCUUUAAUAGCAACCUAGGAUCUGUGCAAGGUGUCAGUUCAGUACUACAUAGCCUUCCCAGUGACUGCCAAGCUAGCAUAGCCAAAGCCAUGAGCACAUGGCUUCGAUACUCGUUUCAAGAAAAGGAUACAAGGCAUUGUCAAUGGUAUCACAACUUUAUUAAUAAAUACAUAAAUUCUCAUUCACUUUUUAAACUCUCGAAUUCAAGAUUCAUUGCUUGUACUGCACGUUCUUGCCAAGUACGGUAGAUGUGUCGAAAAAUAAAAGCUGUCCAGCCUA